AUGAAGAGGCUGAGAUCCAGCGAGGAUCUCGAUUCUUACGGUAAGGAUCCGACUCCGAGUCCGAGCCCGAGCCCGAACCCGUACCCCAGCCGGACCUCGUCUUCUUCUUCGCACCGGAGCUUCUACUACAACAACAAACCCGACACUCCCCGCAAGGGCUUGCUCUCUUCUUCUUCCUCCUCCGCCGCGAGGUCUAAAGGAGACGAUGAUCGCGAGGUGGCUGCCGGCGGCGGGUCGAGGAUGGUGAGGAAGAGGCCGCCGCCGGACCACGAGUUCGAGCGGAGGAAGGGGAUCGAUAGGUAUGGCGGAGGUUACGAUCGGAGUUCGAUGCACAGGUCGGAGAGCUUUAGCGGCGGCGGGUCCAGGAGGGGGUCGGAGUUUCCGAAAGGGUUCCGAUCGGAGAGGGACCGGUCGCGGCGGGAAGGGAGCGUGUUGUCGUGGCGGCGGUUUGGGAAGGAGUUUGAGGAAGGGAGGAGUACUAGUGGUAGGUUGGAGGAGAGAGGGAAAGUCGGAGGAGGUCUCCGGUCGCCGUCGAGGGUUAGGUCUCCGCCGCGGCGAUUUAAGGACGGGAAAUCGUCCAAAUCUUCGACCUCCAAGUCGAAGUCGCCGACUUGGUCCAAGGACUCUGUUGGCAGUGAGCAAUCCAAGAGUGUUGAGGUCAAGAAGAGUGAGCCUGAGCCUGAGCCUGAGACUGAGCCGGAGCCGGUACCGGAACCUAAGAGGGAGCCUGAGCCGGAGAGGGAGACUGUUCCUGAGCCGGAGACAGAACCUCUUCCUGAGCCGGAACCCGAGCCAGAGGCACAGGCUAUGGAGGAGGAGGAGGUUCAGGGUGAGAGUGGAAGUAGGACUAGUAGUGAAAUGGAGGAAGGAGAGCUUGAGCCUGAAGCUGGACCGGAAGCUAAGGAUGGAGGUGAAGAACCUAAAUUGGUACCGGAAGCUGUAGCUGAAAUGGAAGAAGGCCGAGUUCAGGUUGGGGGCAAAACGGAGACUAAGGUUAUGGAGGAGAACGAUGCGUGCUUGGAUAAAGAAGGUGUGAAUAAAGAGGGAGUAUGUGAGGGGAAAGAAGAGGAAAAGAAAGAAGAUGAAUUGCCUUCGGUUGAGGAGACCAGAAAUGUAGGAGACCGCGAAGAUGGAUUUGGUGGAAAAGAAUCGUCCAGGGAAGAAGGUAAGGAGGAAGUGAGCAAGGAAGUGGCUUCAGAGAGGGCGUUGGAAAAGGAAGAGGAGACAGACCAUGACAUGGGGAUAGACCUUGAAGUGAAGGCUGAGGAUGAUGAAAUGACAGAGUCUGAUAGAGAAGAGACAGAGGAGAACACUGAAGUUCAGACACUGAAUCUGAGUGCAGAUUUGACUCGGAAUUUCAAGGACAAAGGGAAAAGCGUGGCUCAUGUGGAGGAUUCAGCUGAAAAUAGUGGAUGGGCCGAGAGAGAAUCCAGAGAACGACUGACUUGCAUGGACAAUGAUAUGGAAGGACCGAGCACCAGGGGUUUCGAGUUGUUUACGUCCUCUCCUGUUAGGAGGCAGGAGAGAGCUGAUUCUGGUGUUAAUGUGAAGGAUGAGAAGUUGGUUCUUGAGCCACUUGACCUUUCACUAAGCUUGCCUAAUGUUUUGUUACCUAUUGGUGCCACUCCUGGUUCUCCAGAUCAAGCAAUGAGUGUACAGUCUUUAAAUAACACUUUCUGUACCAACUCGGAUGGAUUUACUCAGUCAGUAUCUUUUUCAGGUUCUCAGUCAUUUUAUCACAAUCCUAGCUGUUCUCUAACAACCCAGAAUUCAAUGGACUUUGAGCAAUCGGUUAAAAGUCGCCCCCUUUUCCAGGGAAUUGAUUGGCAGGCACUAGCUCAGAAUGAGGCUAAAACCAAGGAGGUUCCAUUUUAUCAAAAAACUUUGAUCACCGGCAAUGGUUCUCAUCCACAGUCCGGUGUUACAAAUGGUCAAUCUGUGCAAGGGCAACAGCUUAAACAUCCGGAAGGAAGCUCUAAAGGGACUAAUGGAUUUGAAAGGCAGCUAAGCUUCCAUAAGCAGUUGUCAGGAGGGCAACCAAAGCACCAUGAGGAUGUUAGGUCACCUUCGCAUAGUGUCGGAUCUCGUGAGAUGGGAUCAAAUUAUAGUUUUGACAGAAAACGAUUAAUGAGAGAGAAAAGUAGUGGUAGUUUAUAUAGGACUAGCAGCCAGAAGGAAAAAGAGCAGUUGCUCAUCGGUGGGGCUGAUUUUCUUGAGACAAUCAUUGCCAGGAUAGUAUCUGAUCCAGUACAUGUAAUGGCGAAGAAGUUUCAUGAAAUGACAGGACAUUCCGCAGCAUGUAUGAAGGAGAGUAUUCGCGAGAUUAUGUUAAAUGCGGAUAAGCGCAUGCAACUAUCUGCAUUUCAGAAGGCACUGCAGAACAGGUCUGACAUAACCUUGGAGACGCUGCUAAAAGCCCACCGGGCACAAUUGGAAAUCUUGGUUGCUCUCAAGACUGGUCUACCAGAUUUUCUUCAGCAAGAGAGCAGUGUGUCAUCUUCUGAUUUGGCUGAAAUUUUUCUGUACUUGAGAUGCAGAAAUCCUUCUUGUCAGAGUCCUGUGCCUGUGGAUGAAUGUGAUUGCAAGGUCUGUUCUCAAAAGACUGGUUUUUGCAGCAGUUGCAUGUGUCUUGUGUGCUCAAAGUUUGAUAUGGCCUCAAAUACAUGUAGUUGGAUUGGGUGCGAUGUUUGUCUUCAUUGGUGCCAUGCUGAUUGUGCAUUGCGGGAAUCUUAUAUUAGAAAUGGACGCAGUGCGACUGGAUCUCAAGGGACGACUGAGAUGCAAUUUCAUUGUGUUGCUUGUGAUCAUCCUUCUGAAAUGUUUGGCUUUGUGAAGGAGGUUUUUCAGAAUUUUGCCAAGGAUUGGACGAUUGAAAAUCUUGCCAGGGAACUUGAAUAUGUUAAGAGAAUUUUUGUUGUCAGCAAGGACAUGCGAGGGAGACAGCUGUACGAAAUUGCUGAUCAAUCGCUUGUCAGAUUGGCAAAUAAGUCUGGCCUUCCGGAGGUUUACAGUUACAUAAUGGCUUUCCUCUUGGCUGCAGAUGCUGACAGUUCCAAGUUGGGCAAAACACCCAUUUUAUCUGGCAAGGAUCAAGGUAAAUUAAACAGUGGUAUUGCUGGCCCAAGCCAGGAACCAGCAUGGCUGAAGUCUGUGUAUACAGAGAAGGCCCCUCAGUUGGACUCUGCUCCUAGCAUUCUUCCUAGCUUCAACUAUGACCAACUUGAUAAGCGCAUGAUGGAAUCUGAGAUGCACAUGAGCUCUCAAAAAGAACCUGUUUUCGAUGAGUUAGAGAGUAUUGUGAGGAUCAAGCAGGCUGAGGCUAAAAUGUUCCAAACACGUGCGGACGAAGCAAGAAAAGAAGCUGAGGGGCUGAAACGCAUAGCACUGGCAAAGAAUGAGAAAAUUGAAGAAGAAUAUAGGAGUAGAAUAACAAAACUCCGUUUCGUUGAGGCUGAGGAAAUGCGGAAACAGAAACUCGAGGAACUGCAGUCUCUGGAUCGUGCUCAUCGAGAAUAUUCCAAUAUGAAGAUGAGGAUGGAAGCGGAUAUCAAAGAUCUUCUAUUAAAAAUGGAAGCAACAAAGCGAAACCUUUCGUUGUGAUUUGCAAGAUGAACAAGAUUUGCUUUAGAAUUUGUCAGCGCAGCAGGUAAUUCUAACCUCGUGUUGGCUGAUAAUUGUAUGUUGUACUAUUAGCAUCACGGCUCCAAUUUGAUGUAGCCGGCUUUAGGCUUAUUUUCAAGGUAGCUUCUGUUGUAUUUGUAGUCGUAUUUAUUGUAUCUGUGUUUGAACUGCUAACCAGAAUCUGUACAGAGAGCGUCAUCUCCCGUUAUGUGUUGUAAGUUAGUUCUCCCCUCCCCUUUUAUGAAUCUGGGGAUAAAUCGUGGAUCAAAAGUUUCGAUAUAUCCUGGGAUGGUGCCUGAUUGUAAUGUGGUUAAGCAGUAGUAGGUGGUCAAUCAAAUCAUUUACCUUAAAACUUCCCUUUGUUUUCCUUGUGCUUGCUUGAGGUAUCAGUAUGUUACAUCAAUCAGAGUGUUAUUAUAUGCCUGCAAGCAAGAAUUUUGGUUUAGAAUAAUAUGGAUGGUGGUUCGUCUUGGUGCAACUACAACGUGGCGUUGAGGCAUAGGUUGGCCUGCCGGAAUAUUGGGAACGGAGGAUUUAAACCAUAGACCAGAUCACCAGAUGAAGGCUCAGACUUGACCUUUCCCUGCUAUUUGAUAGGUUAUGUUGGACUGAAAAGGAGACUGCAACUACCACUAAGAGAUGUGGAGAAAGGUACUAGACUACACUAAGUACACAGACGUGUGAGAUGGAGGUGAGAGACUUUAUAGUCAAGAUAGGGUGAGACUCUGGACCGCAAACGGAAACUGGGAAUACAUUUUGUUUUUUAUAAAUUCUUGUAUGCAUGUGUAUUUACAGU